AUGGCAGACAAGCAAGAUUGGCGUCGAGAAGAUGAAGAUGAGGGGGAGCAGGAGAUUGAUGAGAACAGUUACAAGGCGCAAAAGGAUGCCAUCUUGCUCGCGAUAGAUGUGAGCAAGUCAAUGUUGGAGCCACCGCCGCACUCGGAUUCAAAAAAGGCAGACCGGGAUAGUCCCGUACAGGCAGCGUUGAAAUGCGCCUAUCAUCUGAUGGAGCAGCGCAUCAUCUCCAAUCCCAAGGACAUGAUGGGCAUUCUCCUAUUCGGCACUGAAAAGUCCAAGUUCCAAGACUCGGGCGAUGGUCGCAGUGGACUCGGCUAUCCUCAUUGUUACCUAUUCACUGAUCUUGACGUCCCCGCGGCAGAGGACGUCAAGGCCCUGAAGGCUCUAGUUGAAGAGGGGGAAGAUGAGGAUGAAGUCUUGACACCCUCUGAGGAGCCAGCCAGCAUGGCCAACGUGCUCUUUUGCGCCAACCAAAUUUUCACAACAAAGGCCGCAAACUUUGGAAGCCGUCGCUUGUUCAUAGUGACCGACAACGACGAUCCUCAUGCGUCUGACAAGCAAGCAAGAUCAGCCGCGGCUGUUCGUGCAAAGGAUCUGUAUGAUCUCGGCAUCAUAAUCGAUCUCUUCCCCAUCACUCGAGGGGACGAGACCUUUGACCUGAACAAGUUUUACGAUGAUAUCAUCUACCGUGACCCAGUUGGGGAAGCCAACAUGUCAGAGAUUCGCACCUCCAAGUCUGGAGAUGGACUUACCCUGCUCAACUCGCUCAUCUCGAAUGUGAAUUCGAAACAAACAGCGAAACGAGCACUCUUCUCAAACUUGCCCUUUGAGAUUGCCCCAGGACUGCGAAUCUCGGUUAAGGGAUACAAUAUUGUCCACCGCCAAACGCCCGCCCGCACCUGUUACAUCUGGCUCGAUGGCGAGAAACCCCAGAUUGCCGCAGGCGAAACUACUAGAAUCGCCGAGGAUAGUGCCCGAACGGUCGAGAAGGGAGAGACAAAGAAGGCGUACAAGUUUGGCGGCGAAUACGUCUAUUUUACCCCUGAUGAGCAGAAGUCCCUGAAGGAUUUCGGAUCACCAAUCAUUCGCAUCAUUGGCUUCAAGUCAAGGAGCCAGCUUCCCAUCUGGGCGAGCGUCAAGAAGUCUACCUUUAUCUUCCCCAGCGAAGAGGACUUUGUCGGCUCGACGCGAGUCUUUACUGCACUGUGGCAAAAGCUACUCAAGGACGACAAGAUUGGUCUUGCAUGGUGCAUCACCCGAGCUAACGCGCAACCGAUACUCGCGGCCAUCAUUCCAUCUAGAGAACGGUCUGAUGAUGAGUCGGGAACACCAUACUUGCCCGCAGGUCUUUGGAUCUAUCCCUUGCCCUUCUUGGACGAUUUGCGAAGUAUCAACCCCCCAGGGGAAGUGGUGCGAAGUUCUGAUGAGCUCAAGACACAAAUGCGCACCAUUGUGCAACAGCUUCAACUCCCCAAGGCCAUGUACAACCCGUCCAAGUACCCGAAUCCUGCCCUUCAAUGGCACUACAAGAUUCUCCAGGCGCUUGCGCUGGAAGAAGAGGUGCCUGAGAAGGCUGAGGAUACGACUGAGCCCAAGUUCAAGGCCAUCAGCAAGCGAGCUGGUGGUUACCUUGAAGAUUGGUCGGAAACACUGGAGGGUGAAGCCGGACGUGUUUCUAGUGCUAAGUCCACUAAGCGCGAGGCAGACGAUGAUGAUGUGAAGCCAACCAAGAGGAGCAGAGGCUCAUCGGAGAAGCCCUCUGGGUCUUCACUCUCGACUUCUCAGCUGAAGACAGCGAUUGAGAGCGGUGGCAUCACCAAGAUGACGGUGGUGCAACUCAGAGACUUGCUGGGGGCCAAAGGCUUGAGCACAGCUGGUCGCAAGAUGGACCUGAUUGAGAGAGUUGAACAGGUGGUGAUGGAUGAUAUGCCCACGCCACCGUUGAGUGGUGGGCGCACACCCAAGCCUCAGGCUGAGGAGCCGCCGCCGGGUCACAGAACCCACACCCCUGUCAUCUCCUCCCCCAACCCACCACUACUCGCGAACGCGAAGCGUCCAGGCCCGCCAGCGCCAUCGCGGACUCCUCACAGGCUUUCAUCGUCAGCGCCCGCCAGCAGCAGAAGCUCAUCGCCUCAGCAGGAGCCAGGCUCGGCUCAGUACCUCGACAGGCUGCUCCGCCUGGUCCGAUGCCGCCGUGCCCUACGCUCCAGCUCCAGCUCCGCCAUGGCUGACUUCCUCGCGAGCUUCGGUCUCGGCGCGCAGACGCCCGCCGCGUCCAGUAACCCGCAGUGCGAUUCGGUCCAGGAUUUGCAGCUUCACCUCCGCGGCGCUCUCGAUGCCAAGGUCACCCCGAACCGCGCCGAGCAUCUGUCCAUCACAAUCGAGCUGAGGGCCACCGUCCGCUUCCAGCUUGCCGUCGAGCCCGAGAAUGGCGCCCUCGAUAAUCUCAAUAAUAUUGACCCGUUGAUGGGAGGAAUGCGCUCGGCGAGUGUUUCCGCUGAUCAAUCUGGGGGACAGCUCUCUCGGGUUGUUUUUGCUAAUGACACCCUGAUGAACCAACCGCAAGAUGAUCCGGCUCUGCAACGAUCUGUCGCAAAACACAUUAUCGGUCUUGUCAGCGCAACAGAUGGUAGCACUUGGAGUGUUCGAGAAGUAUCGCGAGGGUCGCAAGGCUGGACUUUUACGUAUCUGUGCAAGGACUCUUAUCAGCAAUGGAAUCGACAAACUUCAAAGAACCCAACCAAGGCGAUUGUGGGCGAGUUUAGUCAACGGGACCCAGACCCAGUUCUGCAUGCUCGACCUGCAUUUGACUGCCGCGGAUGCGUCACCAUUGCAUUUAAUCGCAACAGCCGUGCAAUCACGGUCAAAUACGACCACACACCUAUGCACAAGACAGUUGCUCAGCUUGCCGAGUACUUCAAGCCUCCUCCUCGUCAACUAGGCCCCGGCGCUCAGAAACUGCAACAGCAAAAGACUAAGGAAAAGACACCCAAGAAGGCAAAGGGCGAGAAGAGGGAACGAAAGAAGCGGGAAACCAAGGCGCAAGAUGAGAAUGGAAACCCUCGGAAACGGAAAAAGAAGAAUAAUGGCGCAGCUCAACCUACUGCUCCUGAUGGACCCAUGAUACCUCCAGACUAUCCCGGAGCGCCACCAAUUGAUGGACAAGCAGGACCUUCCUAUGCUGCUGGGGAGCAGACAGAUGGAACUGCGCAGAACCAACAAGGAUUCGGCGAUUAUCCUCAGGGUCUGAUGGGAGACGCAGCGGCCGCGACUAAUGGAUCAACAACUCAGACUGGUAGCCAACCUUCAGUCACCUACCCAGUUAAUGUCUCGGCAGCUGAAGCAGCACGUCGACGAGAGGCUGCCCUGACGAUGCUCAGCAAUGCGGGUGUUGAGCCGUCAACUCUGUCAGCUGAGCAGUUCAACAUCUUUUCCAACCAGGCACCAGAACUCCAGCGAGAGUCCCUGGGCAUGCUUGUCAAGUAUGGUGCAGAACGGCUGCGAAUUGUUCAUCCCGGCAAUAGGGAGGGUUCUGCGCAGACGAACGCAUCUGCUUCUACCCCGAGCAGUCAGACAACCCCGUCUGGGCCCAUGACAACUAAGGAACUUGUGCCCCAGUCUGGUGCUCAGAACAACGUGGGAACAGACAACGAAGCUCCUACUAGCACUGAGGCAGAGGCUGCGGCAGAAGUACCAGAGACAACGAAACGAGGCAAGAGGAAGAAGAUGGCCAAAUCUCGGACAGCUUGCUUCCCUUGCAAGGCUCGAAAGAUUAAGUGUCCAAAGGAGAGGCCUACUUGUACCGAGUGUGAAAGCCACGGCACUGCAUGUGAAUAUGCACCUCAAAAGUCAAGAAACAAGAAGAAGAAGCCUGAAAAAUCGGAGCCCAUAGUUGUCGAAGACGAUGAAGAGGAAGAGGACGAAGAGGAAGAGGACGAAGAAGAAGAGGAGCAGCAACAGGAAGAUGCCGAGGAAGACGCUCCUGAGGAGGACAGCACCCAGCGAGAUGCAUCACAGGACUACUCAUACCCUCAGAUGAACAUUGGAAACAUGGUCACAACCACGGAUACAACAUCUCAGGAUCUCCAAAAUUCCCAAAAUGGCUACUAUCAGCCCUCCUCGGGCUUGUCAUUGCCUCAGCCAGACCCCUAUUUGAAUGCACAACAGCCCAUGACUGCUGAUCCAGGGCUCGUCAUGCCACCCAGGCAAACUUAUAGCACCGGUAUGCCUGAAGUAACACACCCACCACCCCCAGCUCCGGCUCCGGCUGGCACAAUUGCUCCCAUCGAGUCACGACGAUGGACAGCCAUCGGACCUGGCAACAAGACGCGGCGAAGUCUCCCGUCUGAACCCGUUCACUCUAACGGGCAAAACGUGCCUGCUGCGAACCCUCAACCCUCUGACUGGGCUCAAAGCUCCAACAACAACAUGCCAGCAACAAAUGUUUCGUCUGUUUCACCACAGAUGGCAUAUUCUCGGUCUGCCAACCAGAGAUCGCGGCAGGUGAACCAGAACGUCUCAAGGGACCAUUCACAAAUGGGUGAUGGAAUGCAGCAAGCAACGGCCGUGUCUAAUACGGUAAUGCAACAAGCUCGUCAGUCACCGGUGGCUGCCGCCGCCAUGAUGGCCCAGGCACGCAAGUCCCCGUAUCAACAGGCUGCUGUUCCUCGUGCUACCUCCCGGCAGAGCCAGCGAAACCAGUCGCGGACUCCUGUAGCUGAUCAGACUAGAGGCUAUCAGCCACCUGCUGAUAUGAGCCAUCAACACAACACCAGAUCAUCUACUCGCCAUGACACAUCCCAAAUGACGAAUACUUCUGGCUAUGGCGAGUAUGGGCGGUAUGGUAGCACCAACACUGCAACAAGCCACCAGUCGUCUCAUCGGGGAUACGAUCAGACAAGCUCAACGAUGCAGCACAACACUGACACAACCAGUCAGACUGCUGCCAUGGCCAUGUCGAUGGCGUCUGGGACGCCCUCUACAAUGAGCACCUCAUACCCGACUACCACCUCAUCUGCAAACCAGUGGUCUAGCUCUUCAGGACGAAAUGAUCGUUCCUAUGGCAGCAACUCUUCAUAUCACAACCAAUCCGCAUAUUCACAGCCCGCAUCCUCCAAGCCUGUCUCGGCAUCCAGACAGAACUUUAACAUGCGCGGAAGCACACAACAAGACACACGCACAAGCAGCAGCAACUCUUAUGGCCAGCAGCAGCAGCAGCAGCAGCAGCAACAGCAGAAUUAUCCAUCUUACUCUGGGCCUACACAGCAGAGUCAGACAGGUAACCAGCCAUCAAGCUGGUACUUUCAAGGUUCACACAACAGCUCCAUGAACCCAGGGAACCAGUCGUCAGGCUACAGCUACGAAUCGUGGUCAGGCGUGUAA